AGAAGGGACCCCUAGCACGCCACCCUCAGCUUCCCGGGCGCGAAGGGGCCCAGGCGGGCAGCGGCCCAGGGAGCGGCGUCGACGCGGCUGCAUCUCGGAGGAAAGGAGCCAGCCCGGCCCUCGGCCUUGGAGCCAGCCUCCCGCACCCUGCACCGCAGGCCGGGGUGUCCUGAAGACGGCGGUGCCGCGCAGCGACAGGCCAGGCCGCGUGCCCCCGGCUGGAGCCCCGUGCCCGCGCCCGGGCGCUACCCCGCGUCUUCGCGACCUCUAGUCCCUGCGGUGGAUUCGGCCUCUCCUCCACCACCUCCGGGAACAACCGCAAAUUCAGUUUGGGAUUUUCCUGAGUAAACCAGAGCCUAUUGUCUUUGGCUCAAUGCUGGAUUUAAUACGCAUAUAUUUUUGAAGGAUUCGUGUUUUUUUUUUAACCUUUGAUUUUUGAUCUUCAUUUUUGUGACAGCCCCUGACUUGUACAUUAUUCGUCUUUUUAUUUUUGUAUUAUUAUUUUCUCUCCCCGCACUGCUCCUUGUCCUGAGGACUCGGACGCUGCGAGCGCGCGGGGCGAUGUACCAGAGCCUGGCCAUGGCCGCCAACCACGGCCCCCCUCCGGGCCCCUACGAGGCGGGCGGCCCGGGCGCCUUCAUGCACGGCGCAGGCGCCGCGUCCUCGCCGGUCUACGUGCCCACGCCGCGGGUGCCCUCCUCCGUGCUCGGCCUGUCCUACCUCCAGGGCGGAGGCGGGGGCACCGUGUCCGGGGCCGCCUCGGGCGGCAGCUCAGGGACCGCGCCGUCGGGCGCAGGGCCCGGGACCCAGCAGGGCAGCCCGGGCUGGAGCCAGGCGGGAGCCGAGGGAGCCGCCUACACCCCGCCGCCAGUGUCGCCGCGCUUCUCCUUCCCGGGCACCACCGGGUCCCUGGCCGCUGCCGCCGCCGCCGCUGCGGCCCGGGAAGCCGCGGCCUACAGCAGUGGCGGCGGGGCGGCGGGCGCCGGCCUGGCGGGCCGCGAGCAGUACGGGCGAGCCGGCUUCGCGGGCUCCUACUCCAGCCCCUACCCCGCCUACAUGGCCGACGUGGGCGCGUCCUGGGCCGCGGCCGCCGCGGCCUCCGCCGGCCCCUUCGACAGCCCGGUUCUGCACAGCCUGCCCGGCCGGGCCAACCCUGCAACCCGACACCCCAAUCUCGUAGAUAUGUUUGACGACUUCUCGGAAGGCAGAGAGUGUGUCAACUGCGGGGCCAUGUCCACCCCGCUGUGGCGGCGGGAUGGGACGGGACACUACCUGUGCAACGCCUGCGGCCUCUACCACAAGAUGAACGGCAUCAACCGGCCCCUCAUCAAGCCCCAGCGCCGCCUGUCCGCCUCCCGCCGAGUGGGCCUCUCCUGCGCGAACUGCCAGACUACCACCACCACUCUGUGGCGCCGCAACGCCGAGGGCGAGCCCGUUUGCAACGCCUGCGGCCUCUACAUGAAGCUCCACGGCGUCCCUAGGCCUCUUGCGAUGCGGAAAGAGGGGAUUCAAACCAGAAAACGGAAGCCCAAGAACCUUAACAAAUCGAAGACACCAGCAGGUCCCUCGGGCAGUGAGAGCCUCCCUCCCACCACCAGCGCUUCCAGCAGCAGCGCGGAAGAGAUGCGUCCCAUCAAGACAGAGCCUGGGCUCUCAUCCCACUAUGGGCACGGCAGCUCCCUGUCGCAGACGUUCUCGGUCAGCGCGAUGUCCGGCCACGGGUCCUCCAUCCACCCAGUCCUCUCGGCCCUGAAGCUCUCUCCGCAAGGUUAUGCGUCUUCUGUCAACCAGUCACCGCAGGCCAGCUCCAAGCAGGACCCUUGGAACAGCCUGGCCUUGGCUGACAGUCACGGGGACAUAAUCACUGCAUAA